GCGUCCGCUUCGAGGAGGGCGCCGUGUUCCUGGCCGCCUGCUCCAGCGGCGACACGGACGAGGUGAAGCGCCUGCUGGGUCGCGGCGCCCGCGUCAACACGGCCAACGUGGACGGGCUGACGGCGCUGCACCAGUAGCUCCUAUUUCCCAUGGGAGACUUUGCUACAGAAUUGACAUGCGAAGGGUUAAUCUGAUGAAAGCAGAUAAUACACAAACUAAGGAUAAAGCGAAGCAUGCCAGUGAAGGACUGAAGUCUUUCAUAUCCAUAGCAACCUUCAUCCAAGGAGUUUAAUGAAUUUUACAAGGCUUUAAGACCCCUUCAGUCCUGUGCUAGGCCUGUAUAGACGAGAACCUGGACAUGGUGAAGUUCCUUGUAGAAAAUGGAGCGGAUGUAAACCAACAGGAUAAUGAGGGCUGGACCCCUCUUCAUGCUGUGGCUUCCUGUGGCUAUCUGAAUAUAGCAGAGUACUUAAUCAGCCAUGGAGCCAAUGUGGCUGCUGUGAACAGUGAAGGUGAAGUCCCAUCUGACAUUGCAGAGGAAGCAGCCAUGAAGGACCUGCUUUUGGAGCAAGUAAAGAAACAAGGACUAGAUCUGGACUUGGCAAGAAAAGAGGAAGAGCAACAAAUGCUGCAGGAUGCACGGCAGUGGCUAAACAGUGGGAAAAUUAAAGUUGUAAAGCAGUCCCGCACAGGUGCCACUGCUCUUCAUGUAGCUGCAGCAAAGGGCUACUCUGAAGUUAUGAGGCUCUUGAUCCAAGCGGGGUUUAAUUUAAAUGUCCAGGACAAUGAUGGCUGGACUCCUCUCCAUGCUGCUGCACACUGGGGAAUAAAAGAAGCUUGCUCUAUCUUGGCUGAGGCAUUGUGUGAUAUGGACAUCAGGAACAAGCUGGGUCAAACACCAUUUGAUGUGGCUGAUGAGGGACUGGUUGAACACUUAGAGAUGCUGCAAAAGAAACAGAAUGUGCUGCGCAGUGAGAAAGAGACAAGAAACAAGCUAAUUGAAUCGGAUGUGAAUGGCAAACUUCAAAGUGGACUCUUCAAAAAUAAAGAGAAGAUUCUUUAUGAGGACGACACUUUGAAGUCUGUGGAAACAGAAGAAGAAAACAAGGAGUCCAGCAGUUCCAGCUCUGAGGAAGAAGAAGAAGCUGAAGAGGAUGAGGCUUCAGAAUCAGAUAUUGAAAAGGAGUCAGAGAGAAAGGAAGAGUCCUCUGCCAACCAUUCUGAUCAUGAACCCAGGAGUAGCAUCAUUGAGCAAGUACGACCACCAGAGCAUAAUUCCUUCCCUUCAUCUGCCAGAAAAUUUAGUUGGCUCAACAAGUCAGAAGAGCAAAAGGAUGAAUCUCCUUCAUCUUGGAGGCUGGGACUAAGGAAAACUGGCAGCCACAACAUGCUCAGUGAAGUUGCUGCUUCUCGUGAAGGACAGAGAGACAGGAGUUCUUUUAUCUAUCGCUCUUCAUCUAGUCCCCGGAUUUCUGCAUUAAUAGACAACAAAGAAAAGGAUAAGGACAGCAACAAAAGCUAUCUUGCCUCAAUAGCCCCUAGAAGACUAAGCAGUACGGGUGACAUAGAGGAAAAGGAAAACAGAGAAUCUGCUGUUAAUCUGGUGCGGAGUGGUUCCUACACCCGGCAAUCAUGGAAGGAUGAACCAAAGGGAAACGAAGCCCCCCAGACAGGUGCACCUUCCACCUACAUAUCUACCUACCUGAAAAGUGCUUCAUUUGGUAGAAGUAGUGACCUCAACAGUCCCUACAGUUCAGCCAAUCGCAGUACAUCUCCAGCUACCUCACCAACUACCAUAUGUUCAUCUACCUCAUUGGGCACCCAGUGGCAACCUGCCUCUUCCUGUCCCACAUCUGUCAGUGCGAAUACUACUGCAUCAGUUCGCCAGUAUACUAGAGUGCCAUCCCGGCAACAAAUUGACUCUGCUGUAGAGAAAAAUACAGAGAACAUCUCUGCUAUCACUCCACUAAGUGUAAUCACAAAUCGCACUGCACUCAGUUCUGCCAAUGGUGUUACAAAUGCCAGUGCUGCCGCAACUACUGGAAAGGACUCAGCUGAGGAGGCCAGGGAACGCAGAAGGUCAUAUCUGACUCCUGUGCGGGAUGAGGAAGCUGAGUCUCUAAGGAAGGCACGAUCCAGGCAAGCCCGACAGACGCGCAGGUCUACACAGGGUGUGACGCUCACAGAUCUUCAGGAGGCAGAAAGAACCUUCAGCCGAUCUCGAGCAGAGCGGCAAGCUCAAGAACAGCAGAGUGAGAAAUCUGAAAGCACUGAAACAACUGAGGACGGAAGUGAGAGACAAGUGGAGGCCCGGCCCCGGUGGAGCAAAAACCUAGAUGAGGAGCCUGUCUAUCGACGAUUAAGGUGUCCCAUACAACCAGACAAACCCCCAGCACCAGUAUCUCCCUCUACAACUGCCCCUCUUCUUUAUACAAGUUCUUACCUGGCUCGGACAAAUAGAUCUCUAGGCCCUGACUCUGAGAACCCAGCAGACUUCCACAACACAGCCACGGAGAUGGAAAAAAAUGAGUGUGAAGAUCAAGAUUUAGAUGACAGAUCUCCAAACAAGCAGUCAAUUCGAGAGAGGCGGCGGCCAAAGGAGAGGCGAAGAGGCACUGGCAUCAUUUUCUGGACAAAAGAUGAUGAUGAGGUUGAUGGUAACGAGGAAAAGAAAGAGAGUCGGCAUGAAAGACUUUCCAGGUUGGAAUUGGCAGGUACGAACCCUACCACCAGUGACUCCUACAGCGAUCGUGCCUCCAGCCGCUCCAGUGCCUACACCCGGAGAGAGAACCGAUUGGCCUCUCUCAGUGCCAGAACAGAGGACGAGAGUAACAGGGACUAUAAAAAGCUCUAUGAAAGUGCCCUGUCUGAAAACCAGAAGUUGAAAUCAAAACUGCAGGAAGCCCAGUUGGAGCUGGCUGAUAUCAAAUCAAAACUGGAAAAAGCAACCCAGCAGAAACAGGAAAAAACCUCUGACCGAUCGAGUAUGAUGGAGAUGGAGAAAAGGGAGAAGCGAGCCCUUGAGCGGAGACUCUCUGAAAUGGAGGAGGAGGUGAAGAAUCUCCAUCAACUCAAACAGAUUCAAACUCUGAGGGAGAUGAAUGAGCAGCUGCUGGCUGAAAACAGGGCCUUGACCCGGGUCGUAGCCAGGCUCUCUGCAUCCACCAGUCCCCCAGAAUCAGAGGAGCUAUAGCUUCUUUCGCCUCCUCCUUCCACUCUUCCAGGUUUUAACAGAGCUGAAGUCAGAUAAUCAAAGGCUGAAAGAUGAAAAUGGAGCGCUCAUCCGUGUCAUCAGCAAACUCUCCAAAUAGGAAAUUUGAUCAAAGGAAGGAGGAAGGGGGUGUCUCUGCACAAGCUGCCAACCCUGCCACUAACCUGUUCAACACCUCUUGCCCUCCAAGCAGAAGUACUGCAAGCAUUGCAGAUAUGGGAUCAACUUGUCACCUCCCUCUGCUCCUCCCACCACAGUACAUUCCCUCAUUGCCCACUAAAGGCACCCCCAGCUGUUUUAUUAUUUUUAAUUUAAGCAUGUUGUGAUAUUUUGGACAUUUUAUUCAAGAGGGAAAAAAACCUGAGGAUUAGGUUUGAGCUGUCAAGACUGGGCUUGUGGCACGAAGUCGUGUUUAAAGUUGACUCCAGUCUGGAGUAAAGAAUCAAUCUACUGUAAUAAACAAUGCAGAAAUGAAUAGGGAACUGAUCCAGCAUGCCCAAGCCCUCUUUAGGUGGUUGGGGGGUGGAGGUGGGAAGCACGAGCAAGAGCACUGAAGUGUCGGCCUCCCCACUUGGAGUUUGGGAAUCUGGUUAAAUGGUGAUGCUGUGAAAGCCAUGAGGGCUCAUUUCUGUGACAGACUGACAACAGCUGCUUUGCACAGAGAAUCUGUUCUCCUCCUGUUCGAGUAGCUGAGUCUCUCCUUAUUUAAUGUAAGAUUUUAAAUCAUUUUGGUAACUUCAUUUCUGAACCCUACCUUUUGGAUCCCCCUUUCCCUGCCAAACCUGUGCAGCCUGGGUGGUGAUAAUGCAUCACUCUGUACUCCUUCCAGGAUAACUAUCUCAGUUACUGGCCAGGUAAUGGCAUUGCUAAUUAAAUCUUGACCCUUGCCUUUUGGGAUAGGAUUUAUCACUGGUAAAAGCCUCCAAAGGAGAAGCUGCGCCAGCAGAGAUCACCUGCUAUAUUUACACGUGUAUGUAACAUCUGGGUGUGAAUAUCCAUACAGUGAGGUAUGCACAUACAAGUAAGCAGUCCCUUUUUUCCAAGAGCAACAUGGAGCAUUUUUCUACUAACCUACUAUGAGAGGAGCACACUAAGCAGAUCUUUCAUGUCACUGUCAGCAGGAGCAAAAGCAAAUGAAAAUGCAGCAGUAGUCUGAGUUGGGCUUAAAGGGAGUUAGGUGGGAGAAGAGGUGUGUGCAAGGGAGAUAUCAAGAGGAUGGUGGAAGCUCCUGAUGCAGCUGUUUCCGGCUGCCUGAAACAGUGACCAAUUGUCCUGCUGUAGAUCAUGGAAGGGUAUAAUUAUAAUUUAUUUAAUAGGAGCAAGAAUGAGUCUGUGCUCAGUGCAUACUGAUAACUGAAUCUGUGGAGUGAUUUUUUUUUAUUGCUGGAAGCUAGUAACUGGAUUUGACCUUGAUGGAAAACCUCAAAGGGCUCUUUCAUGUUAUAAGUACUUAAAACAGAUUGAAAGUGUUCUCUCUCAUGGGCAUUCGGAAAGCAGCUCCUCCAGAUGCUAGAUGCUUUUGAUUCUUUGCUUUUCUUGGAAGCUGGGUUAUAACAAGUCAACACAUUUGCUGAGCUUUGCGUAGAAGGGCUUCUUGCAAAGGCACACUCUGCCAGUGCUAGGGCAGUUGUAGCACUUUUCUGUAUUCCAGGUCAUGUGCUUUUUGACUGACUUCCAGCUUUUUCCUUCUUACUUCUACACGUUCCAGUUCUCUUCCAAAGUUUGUGCUCAGACUUCUGAUGCUCAGACUUCAGUAGCUGUUGGUUUCAGAUGGUUUCUUCUGGUCUCCUCCAUUGUAUAUUUUUGUAUCGGAACUUUUUCAAACUUUAUGUCUACGUUGCAUUACAUCUACAUCCUUUCUGCUGAACACAACUAAACACGACUUACCGUGGACUCUGUUUGGGCCCCUACUUGGUUGUCCAAGUAGUCACUUUUGCUUCAAAAGAGAGAAUUUUUUUCUUUUUAUACUUGGAGAAAUUCCCUCUGCAACAUGGAUCUGGGAAAGAAGGGGCCAAAUUAAUUAUAGCAUUCACAUCUUCUACAACGCACUGGCUCCAGCAAGCACCUAGACUUUCCUUGUAUUCCUUCUGAGAACUGAGAGCCUUGGGAAUUGAAAUGGGUCAAUGCUUGUAGCCUCAUACUUCAUCCAUGUGCUGCUCUCUUUGUGUAAGUACUUGAUCUGUCUUUCAUCUUGUGGUACACUUCUUUUGGACGCUUCUCAAUUCAGAUUUGAAUAUCUCUUGAGUCUAGAUGUGUCAAGAGUCUGGUAACUUCCUAUGUUGUAUAGGUUUCAUGCCUGUCAGAAGCCACUGAUAUUGGUGUGAAGGAUGUUUUCCAUCUGAUAUGCUAGUAUGUGAGCAUCUGAUCAGCACACAUCCUACUGUACGAGGGUUGGGAUCUCAAAUUGUUAGUCGCUCUUCUUUUGACAAGAAGAGUGCCAAGAAGUGUGGAAAAUCCUGAUGUAUCUAGCCCCUUCUGCAGUAUUCAUUCUGCACUAGGAUUUUAGCCACUAUCUACUUGGAGCAUUACAUAACACUGUAGGUUGAAGGAAUAUCUCCUUAGCAUAUUUGCUCCUCAAGAAAAACCUGUAAAGGAUAAUAAGGGAUGCAAAAAGCAUGAUUCUAUUGUGUUAACAUGUGAAGCCAAGACACUUUCAGUUAAGUGUCUGUUUAGCACUGGGUUUUACCAUCCUAACGUCUGGGGGUGGAACUCGCAUCAGUAGCUUAGCUCUGUUGACUAGCCAGAACUGAGAGUAUUUUAUUGUUGCGCAGUGCUGACGAAAACCAACUUCUUCAGAGUUCCUUGGGUUUAACAAACCACUCCUGACUUUACCAUUGGAUUAAAGAGAGAAGGUGCAGGACACCUGGCUUUCUACACGCGAGACUUUCAGUGGUGAAAAGCAGUUGUUUUGAAAAAAUGUGUCUAUUUUAAUCAUAACAUCAUCUCUUGGAAAGUACUAAAACUUUAUUCCAAGCAAUUGCUUGGGGACCCAUUUUUAUCCAAAGAACUUAUUGCAGCUGCAAGAGAUAGAAAUAUGCUUAAUUUAUAGAGCAUGUCCUCCUGAUAAGUUAAGGAUCAUUUCUCCAAAAUUGGUAGAAUUCAGGGCAAUCUUUUUUCCUCUACUGGGUAACAUGUUUCCAUUUUGGUAUGCGAAGGUUGGACUUCUAGCCUCCUAGGAGAUCAUACUAUAUACAAAGAUGACAUAGUUGCAGUGAUUCCUAGAAUCGUCAGUCAGACUCUAUAAGGAGGGAAACAUGGAAGUCAGGGUGUCAGUGUGCGUGCACAUGUGUGCGGCACGCACACACAGGAACUGUGAAGAUUACAGGGUCUGUAUGUAAAAAAUCUGUUAAAUCAAGAAAGAAGCCCUUUGCUUUUUACAACUACAUUCCUACCCAUACAAGGCUAAAAGAAACAGCCCAUUCAAAGCUGUACUUUAGAAAUGCUCUUACACCUCUAAGUGCUUGCUGAUCUUUUCUCCUCUUAGUCUCCUGCUGUAGGGUCUAAACCAUGCCAACUUUGACUGACUUUAUGGUAAGGGUAAGAAAGGGCCACACAUACUAACCCAGAACGAGGAAGAAAUGUGUUUUAGUGUGGACUUGGUUUCAGGUUCGUUGCUCAAAUUGUGAAACGAGUUGUUGAGAUGGGAACAGGUCUGUUUGGUAUGGGUGAAGCUGAAGGCUUGCUAAGAGAUGUAUCACGGUUGUCAGAGCUUACAAAAAUGUGCUCUGCAUGCAGGGAAUGUCUUGCAAGCUGUCAUAGUAGGAAGGUGCAUCUAUGUGAUGAGCUCAAUUGGCUGGAGAUUAAACUGACUUCUCUCACAUUAAACUAAAUGUUAAUGGACUACAGGUAAUAAUGGAUUUACCUCUGAAAAGUAAAAGAAAUGGAGGCUUUUAAAGAAAUGGAGGCAAAGCUGAGACAUCUGUAUAGGACUGACAUAUUCAGUGUGACUAGGGUUCUGUUGCACAAAAUAACUGAAGAUUUUAUCUUGGGAAUGUGAGGCAGUAGUGAGAGCUACUCACUAUCAAUAUUGAUCCACUGUCAGUUGAAUUAGUUGCUCAUUAGUCUAGAGAACAGGCAAGCCAUGCUUCAGUCAUUCAGAGAGCAGCCUAUCUGCAGCGGUGCCUAUUUUUAUAAGUGUAGUGUGUGUGUGAGAGAGUUUUGACCCUCAAUAAGUCAGCCAUGCAGGUUUUGGAUUGGUUAUUAUGUCUUUGAUAUAACUGUAUAGCACUUCCUUUGCACUGUUAAGUGCUUCAGGGUUUAUGCUGUCAGGGGCUUUUAUCACCAAGACCAUCAAUCAUGGUAAUACUAUAGGAUAUGGCCCUAAUUGCCAAUAAAUCAUUGAUAAAGUGCAUGCAACUCAGUGAUUGUACUAGGUUUUUAAACUGUGGUGUUUCCAUUGAUAAAAGGUUAGUUUGGUCCUAAUCUUAUUUGAAGGGACCUGAUUUGGAAGGAUUGUGUCUUGUAAAUGUCUCAGAAGAAAAGAUAACCUCUUGGGCAAAUUCAGCUAAUCCAGUGUAGUGAACUAAUGUGCUUGAGUGUAGCUGGCAGGAAGCAACUUAGAUUGUUUUCAAAGCUGUUGUUAAAUUAAAAAAAAAAAAAAAAAAGAAAAAAAAUAUCAAUCAAUCCAUAACAGUUUUCUGCAGAGGAACAGAUUAUUCAGACCUGAUCCUGUCCAUCAAGCUUAGGUCCAUGGAAGGUCACAAGAACUUCACCAUAUUAUUUGCCUAGGGUAGGCUGAAAAGACCUUGUCACUGCUAGGGUGUACUCCUUGCUAUCAGUCCUACCCAAGAUGAGUGGGACUGAUAACCUCAGCUUGCAUCUUUGUCCUUUCUUGGGCUUGUUUCAUUGAUCCAUCAGUGAGGUGAGGCUUCUAGCCUCCAAAGACAGUGGAGUCCCAGAACACAUUUUGAAAUACCAGUCGUUUUUACAUAUGCUUCAAGGCUUGUGGUCCUCUCCUGUUAUCUUCCCUCCACGGUUCCUUGGGCACUUGCAGACAUUUUGGGUUAUUUAUGUACUUCCUAUGCUACUUUAUCUCCCAUGUAUUCACAGCACUUACAUUUCCUCUUGUCUUCUCUGAAUGAACAGACAGCUCAUAGGUUGUAAGUGGCCGUUGCAAGGAUAAACAGAGCAAAUUUGCAGGAAGCUGGUAAGGGCAUUGUUUCCAUGACCUUCCUUGAAGAUCUAAAACUAGGUGUGGGAUCCUUUAACACCAAAUGAAACUGAGAGCUGGUUAGGAAAAUGUGCCCCUUUGGAAGAGGAGUCUGUUGUCCUAUAUAGUCCUUCCCAUCUGUAGAGCCAUGGGCAUUGGGACGUAGGAUUCCUUAGCAAUAGCCUGCUGAAGAAAUGCCCCCCUUUGCUAGAAAAUGACCACACCAAAAAAAGAAGCACCUGCUCUGUUGCCUAGACUUGGCCAGAGCUCAUUUCUGAAGGAGGAGGAAGCUGGCUAGAGCUUCCAGACUAGAGUCAUCCUGGAGUAAACAGGCCUGGUAGCACCUGAUUGCUCCCGGUGAGUGGAAACUGUCUGCCAGCAACGCACUUAUGUGGCCAUUCAUGAGAAUGAUUGUUAGUGCUGAACUGUAGGCACUUCUCCCAGAAGGAGGAGAACAGUUGACAUUUCACUAGUGACAGCUGCAGUCUCUGAGGCAGGAGGUCUGGUGCAGCCGUUCUACAUUGCUUGCUUUCGUGCUUGUACAUGUUGCUGUAGAUUCCCUUUUUCUACACAUUCAUCUUGGUUAUUCCUUUUUCAGUUAGAUUGUUAUCAUGCCGCCCUACCAGAAACACGGAACAGUUGUUAAAUUUACGCGUGAAUCCUUUUAUCUUUCUUCUUUAGUUGCCAUCUUCAAAGAUAGUUGUUGUAGGAAGUCAGGUAACUUUUAGGUCAGGAGCAAAAUGUGUUUUAAAGGUCUUGGAAAGUGCUGGUGUUUCUGGUACGGAGCAAGUCCACAGUUUCGUUUUUCUGAGGAGCUGUUGAGGUCACUCCAGGGCCUGUAGUUCAAUCCCUGUCCUCUGCGAGACUCCUGGAGUCGCCAGCUCCAGCAGCGUUCCACAGAGAGCUCGGAGGCUGUGCCUGACAUUCAGACCAGCUCUGGGGUCAGUGCUUCCUUCUCCCUCUCUUUCUCCUGAAAACAAAUUUCUCAUUUCUGCUUGGGGUGAGUAUUGGUUACUUCAGGGCUGUCCAACUUCUGGGCAGCCAGGGGCUGCACACAGUACACGCUGCAGAUCCAGGGGUCACAGGCCACACAGGCAAGUAGUCCCCACCCUGGGCUCCACCCUGUCUUGUGCGCAGCCCCCAGCUAGGAAAAACAAAAAGCUGCUUUGCUACUUCAGAGAGUACCUGGGGCAACAAUCUGGAUGCAGCAGAGCAAAGUUGCCCUGUUUCCCUUUGCUUUUCAUAGGAAAUGCAGACUCUUUCCAGGAAAUGCCCUUACAUCUUGAUUGCUAAUCUUGGAAGAGAUGGAUUGACUCUGCUGGUGGUGUCCCACCUCUCCAAGCAGUAGGUAUGCUGUACUUACCUGGUUUAAGGAGUUUCAUGGCUCUUUGUAAAUACACAACUCAGAGAAAGCAGGACUAGCUUAGGAACUGGGGGGGAAGAAUGUAUUUUUAUGCAACUUUGAGUGGCCUUUCAAACCCCGAGAUGAAUGAUUUGUUUUACUGGGUGUUGUUAUAUAGUUAUAAGUAUUAUGUGUUUGAAAGUUUGGGAAUAAUAUUCACAUCUAUAUGAUGCUUGUAAACACAACAGUAUUUAUAAAUGAAUAAAACAAAACUGUGUUUUAACU